UCUCUGAUUGGCUCGUGUGUUGGGGGGGCGGGGCCGAGAGCAUGUGCGUGUUAACAGCACGCGGACUCCGCAAGCAGCCAGACUGGUUUCGAUUCGGAGCUGAACUCUUCUGAUCUGUUCUUCAUUUCUAUUUCCUGCUGUGUUCAGGUCCAGAGCGGUCAGAUGUCGAAGGGCUCGGUGGUUCUGGCCUACAGCGGGGGUCUGGACACCUCCUGUAUUCUGCUGUGGCUAAAGGAGCAGGGCUACGAAGUCAUCGCCUACCUGGCCAAUAUCGGACAGGAUGAGGACUUUGAUGCUGCGCGGAAGAAAGCGGAGAAGCUUGGAGCUGAGAAGGUGUUCAUCGAGGACCUGCGCUCGGAGUUUGUGCAGGAGUUCAUCUGGCCCGCGCUGCAGGCCAAUGCCGUCUACGAGGACCGCUAUCUGCUGGGUACAUCUAUCGCCCGGCCCUGCAUCGCCCGCAGACAGGUGCAGAUCGCCCGGAGAGAAGGAGCGCAGUACGUUUCUCACGGAGCCACAGGAAAGGGGAAUGACCAGAUCCGCUUCGAGCUGACGUGUUACGCGCUCUAUCCUCAAGUGCAGAUCAUCGCUCCGUGGAGGAUCCCAGAGUUUUACAGCCGCUUCCGGGGCCGGACCGACCUGAUGGAGUACGCAGAGGUGCAUGGUCUCUGUUUACCUGCAUGCGUUCUUUACUGCUGUUAUUGCAUUACAGAAAACUUACUAAAAAUCUCUUUUAACAGCUAUGAAUCUGGAAUUCUGGAGAAUCCGAAGAAUCACGCACCUCCAGAUCUCUACCAGAUGACCAAGAACCCAGAAGACUCUCCCAAUGAGCCAGACGUGCUGGAGAUCCACUUCGCUAAAGGUGUUCCAGUCAAAGUCAGGCAUGUUAAGGAAGGAACGUGUAAAGAGACACCGCUGGAGAUCUUCUGCUAUCUGAAUGAGAUCGGUGGAAAGCAUGGUGUGGGGAGAAUCGAUAUUGUGGAGAACCGCUUCAUUGGAAUGAAGUCCAGAGGUACGACUCUCAAUUUACAUUUAUGGUUCUGGUACAGUCCGGAGUGUGAGUUCGUCCGUCACUGCAUUGAUAAGUCUCAGGAGAGCGUGGAGGGUUGUGUGCAGCUGUCUGUCUUUAAGGGUCAGGUGUAUAUCCUCGGCCGAGAGUCGCCCAAAUCCCUCUACAACGAGGAGCUGGCCUUUAUUAACAUCAAUUAUAGUAACCCAAGACUCACACGGGCCCCUGCUGCUCCGCGGAGGCCCCUCGUCUCACUUGUCUCCAUUAAGGGUCUGCGGACAAUUAUGUCAAAUGACAUGGAGAUCCGGGAGAAGAUAAUAGUGAACGUAGGAGUGUUUAAUGACAAGAAGACGGGCACAAAAUGA